UAUCUUGUUAUUAAUAAAUUUUCAUUUUGUUAACAGACAAAUUAACAAUACCAAAACCUAUUAUCAGUAAGGACUGUGAAAACGAUGGCAUUUGUGAAAGCGUUGGAAAUUACCCAACGAAAUUAAUUGAAGAAUUGCUUAGAAAGAUCCAAAAUGAAAGUGCUAUUUUUAAUUACGACGAAUCGCCAUUACCGAAUAUACAUUCAAGAAUGUUUUCUGACAACGCAGAACCAAUGAGUUUGUGUAGCACAAAACCUCGGUCAAUUCCAGUUCAAGGGGCAAAAGACAAGAAUGGCAAUUGGCGAUUUAUCAUAAAUGAUUUGAAAAAUCCCAUCCAAGUAUUUCGUGCAGAAAUUUGUAGAAACCCUUUGGGUCCUUGUUCCGAAAACAUUGCCUUUGAGCCAGGUUACUAUGGAGCAUGCCUGCAAAAAGUAGUAUUUCGUGAAAUGUUUUAUUUAAAAGAAGAAAUAAACGAAAUUGGUCAAGAUUACUUCGAGGUUCCAACCUGUUGUUCUUGUAGUCUUAUACGAAAAGAUAAUUACAAGUAAAUGUUUUAGAUUGUAAAACUAUAAAUUUAACUUCACUUUUAUGUUUAUAUGAAUUUAGCCGAGCUCUUUCUAUUAAAGAGCUCGGUUAAAUAAAAGGAAAUUGGUCUGAUCAAAA